AUGUCUCGUGCGUCCAAGACAACGCUCGCCGCUACCUCAAUCUUCACAGCCGGAAUGAUCUACUUUGUGCACUGGUCCCAAGAAGCAGACAAGGCGGCGAUGCAUGCUGGUGUCGAACGCGACGAAGAAAAGCAACGCAUUAAGCGAGAACGACAAGCUGAUUUUGAGAUGCAAAAGCGGCUGGAACAGGAAUACCGCAAGAUCCAGAACGUCCCUGAGGGGCAGAAUAUUGAUGGGCAAGGAAGUUGA